GAGGUCAGACUAAAUGAUCACAGUGGUCCCUUCUGGCCUUGGAAUUCAUUAAUCUAGAUGCAGCCACCUCUGGGGAAGGGCACAAAGGCUGUUUAUAAAAGGAGCUCUUGCCCAGUGCUGUAACGCAGAUGCCUCUGCGGUGGGACAGCUGGUUGUACAAUCCUCAUUUACCUGGCUCUAAGAUGCAUCCCCUUCCGGAGUAUACCUGCUAUUUGUAUGGGGAUUCUUUGCCCAGUUCUGAUAUACAGUUUCUGGAGUGGGGCAAUAGUUUCUGGAGUGGCUCAGAAAGCAGUGUGUAAUCUGGCUGGACUCUGAUGUGACCUCUAUGGGGGCUUUUAAUGCCUUGAGGGUAGGAAUGGGGGAGGGAGGAUCAGUGUAUCUGUUUGAUGUCACAGGAAACCACAUAUCCACUCCGCAGCAGCUGCGGAGGCUGAUACAGGGGUUGGGUUCAGGAUCCCUGAUGCAGUCAGUCAGCCCAGUGGGAAAAGCUGCCCCCAGAGCAACCUCUCAAUCCACAACUGGGAGUUAGGGUGACACAAGUGGGAGAGGAACCCCAGCAGAGACCCCAGACCAUGCUGUGCCCCACGUCACCUCACCUAGCCCUCCUGGCCCUGCUCUCUGUGGCUGGCGCUGUGGGUCAGGGGGAGCCAUGCCCAUCCGAGAUGAACCUGAUCAAGGACCGACUGCAGGUCAAUUGCUCUGGGCAGGGGCUCAGCGUGGUGCCACUUGCCCUGCCCAGGAACACUGGCAUCCUGCUGCUCAGCACCAACCGCCUGGCGUCCGUCUCCACUGCCUCUUUCCAGCACCUUCCUGAGCUGGCUGAGCUGGACCUAUCAGGCAAUGUACUGGGUGUGCUGCACACUGUGGCCCCCCUGCUCUUGCUGCAGGAGCUGAUUCUGUCCCACAAUGCCCUGGAGGUACUGCCCACACUGCAGGGCCUGCCUGCCCUCACCCGCCUGACCCUGGCUCACAACAACAUUUCAGAGCUGCUGCCAGGGGCCUUCCGGGAUGUGGGGAAGCUGACAGAGCUGAAUCUACGGGGAAACCAGCUGCGGACGCUGCCAGAAGAGGCCUUUGAGGGCCUGGCCGGGUUGAAGGACCUGGAUCUGUCUGAUAACGCCCUGGAGGAGCUGCCACAGGGGCUGUUGGCUGGGCUGCAGCUGAACACACUGUGGCUGUCAGGGAACCAGCUCCGCACUCUGCCCAGUGGCUUCUUCCCCAAGGGGCACAUGUUCGCCUAUGUCUACCUAGCAGGGAACCCCUGGCGCUGUGACUGUGGCCUGGCCUAUCUGCAGAGAUGGAUCGAGGACAAUGACAUCAGCAUCUACAUCCAGGAGCAGAAGUCAGACGGGCUGCUGACUCAGAAUGAUCCCCAAAGCCCUGUGUGUGAUUCGCCCCUCAGACACCAUGGGCGCCCUGUCAUCGAGUUCCAGCUGGUCUGCGGCAAACCAGGGGACACAGACUUGCAUAUUGAUGGGACAAUGACAGAGGAGGGAACCCCUGUGCCCUCCACUUCUGUCCCCUCCACCACCCUGCCCCCAACCACUCCUGUGCCCCCCACUACUGCCCCCUCCACCACCUUGCCCCCAACCACUCCUGUGCCCACCACUACUGCCCCCUCCACCACCCAGUCCCCAACCACGCCUGUGCCCACCACUACUGCCCCCUCUACCACCUUGCUCCCAACCACUCCUGUGCCCACCACUACUGCCCCCUCCACCAUCCUGCCCACAACCAUCACCACACCCCCAACUACUGCCCCAGAACCUGCAUCCCCAGCACCCCCAUGGCUCCCUAGCACCCCCAUGACUCCCACCACAACCCUUAUCCCCUCACCUCCCUUCUAUAGCAGCCCUCUCCACAUCACUCCCUGCCACCAGCCAUCCCCUCCGAUGGGGGCUCCUCGCCUCUGCACAUGCCCCACCCCACCCCCAACGAUGCCCGUGCCUGGGCGUCAGAAGGGCAGGGAGGGCCCACAGUGGGUCCACUGGGUGCUAGCCCAUUGCUGCCUGCUGCACCUGAUGCUCUACCUGGCCUCCUUGCUGCUGCUGCUGCUGCCCAUGCUGGCUCUUGUGGGCUGGAUGGGCUGGGUAUAUCUGGGCUGGUAUCGCCCAGCUCUGAGGGGUUUCCCGGGGGCACGGCUGGUGCGGUACCAGCUGCUGAGAAAGGAGGAGGGGGCAGCGCCCCCCAUGAUGCAUCUCAGCAGCUUCAAGAGCCCCAUAGAGCCCCCAACCUUCCGCACCACAAAGGAGCUGCGGAUCCACCGCGACCCCCCUGUGCCUUCGUUCCGACGUGUUACCAGGAGGCUUCUGAGUGUGGGGGGGCUGGGCCCCUGGCGGGCUCCCUCCGCUUACAGCCUAGACAGGGGGGAAGCAGCUAUCGGGGCUGUCAGGGUGAAAUAUGCAACCGCCACUCUCUAAUGGGGGCAGGACACCUGGGUUCUACUGCUGGGGCUAGGGAGGUGGGUUCUGUGGGCUUGUCAGGACACCUGGGUUCUAGUUCCAGUUGUGUUGCUGUGACCUCACCCACUGUGCACCGGGGACAAGAUUCCUCCCACUGCUGCAGGAGCUGGGAGGCUCCCUUAAUAUAUGUAGAACCCAGGAGUCCUGACUCCCAGAUGCAUCUCCUGCCUCAGACCAAUGGGAUCUUCUAACCCUGUAUAGCUCCCUCAUGCAUACACCUGUUGCAGGGGCCAGAUCUGGAAUAACUGUCCAGAGCAGCAGUUUCCCCCUAAAACCAGGCAGUUCAGGGCUGGCUGGUGCCCUGGCAGAGCCCUGUAGAUAUUUCCUCCACUCUGUAUGAAGUCUCUGGUUGUUCUUAUAAUCCACAUAAAUUCUGAUCCUGCUUUGAAUCCUGUGGAAGGCAGUUCCAUUGGCUAAUCACAGAAUAAAAACCUUUCCUGGAUGCAACUAGGUCACAGUUCAAAAACACUAGGCUGGUAGUGGUCUUUGCUGGAGGUGAAUAAUGAUGCUGUUUUGCAUGCUCCCCCUAGAUGGGAAAGGCCUCAUAUCCUAUUCCCUGACCUGUCUGAGCCAGCCAAUUCCCCUGCCUUGUGGGUGGAUCAGAGACCACAUGCUCUAGAGAGAAAAAAACGCAUAUCCCGAUCCCCACCACCCUGAGCUGGCUAGAUCCCUUCCCCUGGGGUUACAUCAGCCGGUGCCCUCUAGAGAGGAAAUGCCUAAUCUCCCACCGCCCUUAGCCAGCCAAUUUCCCACCCUGGGACUGGAUUGGAGCUGGCGCCCCCUAGAAAGGAAAGACCCCAUGUCCUACUCCCCACUCCCAUCAGCCUGCCAAUCUCCUGCCCUGAGGCUAGAUCAAAGCUGGCACCCACUAGAAAAGAAAGGCUGCAUGUCCCACUCCCUGCUGCCCUGAGCCAGCCAUUCUCCUGCCCUGGGGCCAGAUGGGAGCCAAGGACAAUGCCCCCUAGAGGGGAAAUGCCCCAUCUCCCAGAUCCCAACACUCUAAGCUGGCCAGUUCCCCCAUCUUGCAGCUGAUUUGCAGCAGCAUCUUAUAGGAAAGAGAAGAGUGGAUAGUUGUAUGAUUGUUUAAUGGCUUUGAGUUCUGGUUCCAUUUCCCAUAUAAGUGUCUGAUUUCCCACAUCAUUCGAAUGCACUAAACUGCGGCUAGAGCACUUUGUAAUUUCUACUUCCUCUGUAACUAACACACACACAAUAUAUAACCCAAACCCCAUUUCAUAUAGGAGAGCUCCUUGACGGUCUUAAAGAGAAAUCACAGAUGGUUUUGUGGAGAUGUGAGGAGUCUACAAUUUUUGUUUGUUUUUCCUGUCUUUCAGUGUCAGAGCUAGAGCAAAUUACAGUCCAGGUUUAAGGGGCAUUGCUGUAGUAUAGGGUCACAUGCCAAAUCUGUCCCAAUGACACAAGAAGGAAUCCAGUUACUUUAGCAGCCAAUCCCUGUAACCACACAACUCCUUUGAAGGAAAAGAGAGCUCAUAAUAUGAGAAGGGGAGAUCAAAUCAAAGAAUUGGCAACAAAAGUUUAUCUGGAAUGAAAUAAAAAUGAACACCCGGGAAUUAUAUUGUAUAUUCAGAUUUCAUUCAAAUUUUAGAACAUAGUUUUCUCCAAUUCUAUGAGAGAAUGAGACUUCAUGAUUUAAAAUUUUAUAUACCACAAGAGACAUAAACCCACAGGUGGUUUCUCUAAUGUACUGAUUAGCAUCUUGGUCUAACAUCUGACAGUUCCCUGGUUUGAAACAAAGCAGAGAUGACACAUUUUCCUUAUUUUUUUCAAUUGCUCUUGCUUUAAAUGUAGUCUAGUAUUUAAUGCUUCCCAGCUCAUUGAGGUCAAAAAUCAUAUUCACAUAAGAGAAAUGUCAUGACUAUCCUAAAUACAUGGACAAUACAUUAGUCCAUCUUGCUCAGUUUAUGCUAUUAUAGUGGUUGGUAGCAAGCUGAGUGAUCCUGAUGGGAUGACUGUAGAUAAUAUUUUCCGGUCGUGUUCCCACAGUGACAUUCUCAGAUGACCAACAUCCCCCAACUUUGGAAGGAAUAAACUGCUAACAUUUGGACCUGAACUUGGAAACCCAGCCUUUAAUAACAGGAAGCUCAAGUUUGGAAUACAUUUUUACAAUUGGUAUAAGAUUCACUAUGUCACAAUAACUGAAAUUGCUUUGUCCUUAUCGUUUGCCUAGCAUAGAAAUAAAUGUCUUUAAAUGUAAA